AUGAAUAUUGAAAAUCACCCAUAACAUUAAUUAUAAAAGAGAAUUAAAGAAAGAUUUGUAUAUGAGGCCAAAUUUUUAGUCGAUUAAUGGAGGUAAUUCUAAUCUUAAUCCAUUAGAUUAAUUUUUGAAUAGAGACACUUUUAAGAUGGAAAAAUGAUUAAGUACACUCUUGAUUAAGCUGCAGAAAUUGUAGGAGUUUCAAGAAAAACUCUAGAAGAUUAUUACUAUUGCUUGAAAAAAGCAGAAAAAAUAAGUAAGCUAUUUAACUUAUAGAAUAGUUGAUAUUAUUUAAUUUAUGAAUUGUAAAAUGGGAGUAAUCAGAAGAAUCAUAAAAGAACAUAAAAAGCAAUCAGAUGAAUAAAAUAUAAUAGAUACAAAUUAAUUCUUUGCUCUAGAAAAUGAAAAUAAUGAGCCAAGAAAAAAUAGUUUUGAAUAUGAUGAUUGA